AUGGUCUUCUACUCAGGCUUUGCGCUGUGCGCAGCCAUCACAAGCGCUGCUGCGCUCCAGGUCCCGCUCCUAUCAUCCAGUAACCAAGCGUCACUCGGACAUCCACAUGGAACGAAACCGCUGGUCAACUCCACGGAGCUCCAGGACCUCAUCAGUGGAGACAGAUUGAUGGCGCGCGCUAAGAAGAUGUACGAGAUUGCGAAGCUCGGCGAGGAGGAAUACAACCACCCCACCAGAGUCAUCGGGAGUGCUGGCCACCUUGGAACGCUAUCCUACAUCUAUGAAACUGUCCUUGAGCUUGGCGACUACUACACCAUCACCAACCAGACAUUCCCAGCUGUUUCCGGCAAUGUUUUUGAAUCGCGUCUUGUCAUCGGUGACAGCGUGCCCAAGUCUGCAAGGGCCAUGGGAUUGACGCCAGCCACCAAGGACAAAGAGCCUGUGCACGGUGAUCUUGUUUUUGUUGAAAACGAGGGUUGCCAGGAGUCUGACUUCCCAGACUCCGUAGCCGGCAACAUCGCCUUCGUCAAGCGCGGUGUGUGCCCUUUUGGCACCAAGUCUGAGCAUGCUGGUCGUAAAGGUGCCGUUGCUGCCAUUGUGUACAACUACGAAAAAGAUGCUGUCUCGGGUACCCUCGGAACGCCAUCACCAGAUCACAUUGCCACAUUCGGCCUCUCUGGUGAAGAAGCUGAGCCAAUUUUGAAGAAGCUUGAGAAGGGAAAGCGCGUUGAUGCGAUCGCCUACAUCGACGCCGAAGUGAACACGAUCCUUACCGUCAACAUUGUCGCGCAGACGACAGCUGGUGACCCAGACAAUUGCGUCAUGCUCGGUGCCCACAGUGACAGUGUUACUGAAGGCCCUGGAAUUAACGAUGAUGGAUCAGGUACGAUGUCGCUGCUUGAGGUUGCUACACAACUCACCAAGUUCAACGUGAGCAACUGUGUGAGGUUUGCCUGGUGGGCAGGUGAAGAAGAAGGCCUAUUGGGUUCUGACUACUAUGUCGCCUCUUUGCCCGAGAAGGAGAACCAGAAGAUCCGUCUCUUCAUGGAUUACGAUAUGAUGGCUAGCCCGAACUUCGCCUACCAAAUCUACAAUGCUACAAACGCGCUGAACCCUAAUGGUUCAGAAGAGUUGCGCGAUCUGUACAUCCAAUGGUACAAGGACCAAGGUCUGAACUACACCUUUAUUCCCUUCGAUGGUCGCAGCGACUAUGAUGGCUUCAUCCGAAACGGCAUUCCUGGCGGUGGUAUCGCUACGGGAGCGGAGGGUAUCAAGACGGAAAAGGAGGUUGAGAUGUUUGGUGGAAAGGCAGGAGAUUGGUACGACAACUGCUACCAUCAGCUUUGCGACGAUAUCUCAAACCUCAAUGAGACGGCGUGGGUCGCCAACACCAAGCUCAUCGCACACUCGGUCGCGACAUAUGCGCGUUCCUUCAAGGGUUUCCCGAAGAGAGAGCUAGAGGCCUCAGUCAAGUCUACGGCAUACAGGGAGGAUGUCAAAUAUCAUGGUGAUAAGAUGUUCAUCUAG